CAAAUUAGAUUUUAAUUUGUCCAGUCCUAGAUGUUGAGUAUUUUACAACAAACCUCACCCAUCUUAAAUGCAUCAUAAGCUUGAGUUCAAUAAAUUGAUACAAUAAAAUUUUUAGUUCAAGGACAAAAUCGGUGCAAAAUUCAAAGUUGAGGAGCUUGGCGUUAAACGAAUUUUAUAUCUUUUCACGGUAAUCCCUGUUGAAAUGCAAUGGGGGUCAUUUUCAGGGCGGUGUCAACAAUAUUUUGUAGGAUUGAGGCCAGCUAGCGCUGCUGGGUUGGGUAUUGCUUUCCUGAUCUCUUCUUAUCGAAGGAGCUUAGUCAUCAACAGUUUAAUUCUGGUGCCUCCGGAGUAGCAAUAUGGAAUGCCUUGGCCAAGACAUUAUCAGGCAAUGCUGGUGUGGCUUGGCAAGGGCAGCAAAGAAGAAAUCAUUCGGAGUUAC